AUGUCAGUAUCUACUAGUCAAAAUGAAGACUUUGUUGUCGAAGUUUUUGAGCCUGGGGACAAAGAAGAUAAAAAUAAUUCUGAAGGUGAAGAAAAUGAACCUAAAAAGUAUUUUGCAAUUAGUCCAGAAGGCGACUUUCUAGUUGAACUUGUUGUAAAAAAUUUUGAAUUCGAGUUACAAAUGUAUAAUAUUAACAAUUCGAAUAAUGCAGAUGACUCAACUUUAGAGAAUAACUCGGAACAAAAGGAUGACUUGAAACCAGAGAGCGAUCCAGAGAUAGGAGACGGCCAGGGAUUAUCAUACAAGAAACUUUCCAGCAUCCAUACUACAUUCAAAUUUACUGAUAAGCAACUCAAUUUGAUUAAGGAUGAAUAUGAAAACAUAUUUAGGUGGUCCGUUGCUGUGUCAGAUAAAUCAACUGGCUCAUCGGAAUUUAGAUUAAUAGCAAUGUCUUGUAUCAAUCUUAAGGAUAUGAGAUAUUAUGAGGAAAAUUUCAAUAAAAUCCAUCCAUCAGAAAUUCCUAAUCAUGGAUUUACAUUCGAAUUACCGAUUAAAUAUGGUGGAAUAGUUAAAUUGUUUUCUAAAAAAGACAGUUUAGAUAAUAAAAAGGCUGAAGAAGAUAAGCAAAGAACUGAUAAAAUCAGUCAAAACGCUGAUGGAUACACUCUUAUUCUAUUCACACUUUCAGGGAUCUAUAAGUAUCAAAUAAAGAAUAAACUUAUUAAAAACAUACAAAAGUUAAGGUACCCGAGAAGAGUAUACAACGCUAUGAUUCAUAACAUGACUUUUUUUUUGGAUCUUCCUGAAAAUCCAGAGAGAAAUGCAUAUGAUAUGGUGUGCGAAUAUAUGAUUAAGAAAUGCAUAAAUCAACAUUAUUUUUUGGUUGAUACUAUGAGUGAAGAUAUCAAAUAUAUAGAAAUAUACGAUUUAAAUACAAACCAGUUAGUAAAUACUUUUCAGAGACAGAACUUACCCGGACCACUUAAUUUUGAUAUGUCUUCUCUUUAUGCAAUAUCAAACAAUGGCAAAUUAUUAGCAUACGUAUCUUUACUCAAUAAUGGAGUCAAAAUAUAUUCGAUAGAAUGCGGUCUUGAAAUAGCAGAGAUUAUAACAGAUAUACCAGAUUCAGAAUUAGAAUUUGUCGAUUUUUUUCACAAUGACGAAAUGCUUCUUAUACUUUCAAAAAGUAAAUGGUUUGUUUGGGAUAUUUUUGGCUCAUUACGAGAUUCUGUUAAAUUAGAGAAUUUAGGAUUUAUAAUAGAACUUCCAUUAGAUUUUGAUACAAAAAUAGAACAAUCAAAUUCAUUCAUGGUCGUUGAUAAUGGUGACGAACUAGUUAUUUAUGAUGAUAUGAUCAUAGAUAAAUAUUUGAAAAGUUUAAAGAAAGACGAACAAAAUUGGAAAACAUUAUCAAGUGAUUAUUUUUCGAGGCAAGAUCUCGAUAAUAAUAAUAUCCUAGAUCUUCAGGGCAAAGAAUCAAAAUUAGAAGAUUAUUAUCAAAUACUUGAACCUUGGCUGAUAAAAUAUGAUAGAAGGCAUCCACGAUAUUCAUUCUAUCUUGAUGAUAAAAAAGAAAAACUUCUUUUAAUUGGAAAUCAUACAAUUCAAGUUUGGCACGAUCAAGGACCAGGAAAAAGAUAUCUUGAAUUCAUUUAUGUGCCUCAGUCCUUAAAUUAUGAAAAAAAAUUUAUGGAGGCAAUUUAUUCUGAAUUAAAAUUUAUAAAAAUAAUAGACAUCAAUUAUUGCAACGGAAAAUUCAAGCUUAGUAUUCAGAUUGAAGAUGAAACUUCUGAAAAUCAAGUUGAGAAUACUUUUCAAGUCAAAAUUGAAAACAGAAAUGAUAUUAUGAUUACAGUAAAAUAUGCUUGCUAUUCACUUAAAUAUUUAUUUGUUUAUAAAAAGUUUGAAUUGUUUUUUAGUGAGCUAAAAUUAGAGUACAGAAAUAUCGUUGAACAAACACGAAAAAUAAUAUUGAGAUUUAUUAGAAUGUAUCCAAAUGAAUGGAAGUUGUUGGAUAUUCGAUACGAUUUGAUGAGUGUUCUUAUUGAAGCGAGGGAAUAUAAACUAAUAAACGACAUUUUAUCUUCUGGAGAGCCGCUUCAUAUACCUCAGUAUUUUUCUUGGUCGGGUGGAAUAAGUACAAUUUGUACUGCCCUUUCUGACCGUACUAUACUGGCAUGUUUUUUAGAAUAUUAUUCUAAUAAUGCAGUUAAUAAUAUUGGAUGGAUGAAUACAAUUAUAGACAUCAUACCAGAAUUAUAUAAUAAAGAGAAUAAUGAAAAAGAAAAUGUAGAAUCUUAUACAUAUUAUGCUCAAAAAUUAUUUUAUAAACCCUGCUUUUGUAAUAAGAAAUUGGAUUUGGUUUCUUUUAAAUUUCUCGAAAUUUCUCCAAAGUCAAGUGACUUAUUAAAAGUUUUAGUACCCAUAACACAGUUGAUUCCACAAGAUUCUGAGUUGGAUCUGCAAGAGAUUGAUUAUGGUAAAAUUGUUAAUAUUCGAAUGGUCCCUUUAACAGAUUUUGCAACAAACAAAAAAGUAUCGGAUAUAGGAGAAAGAAAAUCUACAAAUUUUCUAAAGAAUUUAAUUUCACCAAGUCAAUAUUCGUCUCUUAAAGAAGAGGAUUAUAGUCCUUUUAUUAAGAUAAUAAUGAAAGAACCUUGUGUAUUUUUGUCUUAUACUUUUUAA